UCCCCCUCCCCGCCCUCCCAGCGUUCCACCCAGGGUCCUAUCGCGUUACGACAGAUCCCUAACCCAGCUCUGCCUGCAGUGCUAGCUGUGACGAUUUCAACUCCUGUGGUUCUACUCAACCUCCUCCUCUACCAGGGCUAGCAACCGCGCUCUCCUCAAACCCACAUCCAAUUCUUCCCUGAUCCGGUGAGGGAGACAAAACUGAUCGGGCCUCCAGACGACACAAGUGCUGCCUCAGCCUGCAUGGUCCUACUGCCCUGUUGGUAGUAGCUAGUGUGAAGAAAGACGCCAGUCCUCGUCCCCCUACCUACCGUCCACCCCGAAACGCACGCACUCUCAUCAGUCCAUCCUCAUAUCCUCUCUUUCUACUCUCUCUGUACUGUCUAUCUCGACCUUACACUCUUCCUCUCCCUCCCUCCCUCAUUCCCCUCACCUCCACUCUCCCGGUUCAGCCCAUGACUUCUGGGCUACCACCAUGGCUUACAGUUCACGCUUUUCAUUCUGGCGGCAAAAGGGAAGUCUUGUUUUACCUUUGUGUUUGCACCUUUAGUAGAUUCCUGCACAUGUACUGUUGUCAGCUGAGCUUUAGGCUGAAGGGGAGGAUUGUCUUCUCUGUGGACAGAGGAAGGAUGUUCGUGGUAGAGAUGUGCAUGUUGUUCUUGCAUGAGUGAGCUUUAGUUCCGGGUUUGAUCGGCCUCUCUUGACCAUCCUCUCUUGUAGGUUGAAGUUGAAACCAAGCCAGCCUCAGAUGUAAGUGUAACGUCGCUGUGUGCUUUUUAAUAGUAGCAUCUAACAAUCUAGAAGUAGGACCUUUGAAGAUUUCUUCUCUCAGCCAAGUGGCAGUCUCUCUUCACCCGUGUCAUUGACUCUCAGGGUUUUCAGGGUGUUAGUUGGUUAGCCGUGAUUUGGUUAUUCAAUAUAGCACCAUUUUGCUAUGCAGUAGAGGUGUCACCUGUAGGCCUUGAUGUAGUCACAGAGUAAUGAACAGUACAGGAAGACUAAUCUUGGGCAAUCAGUGAGACAGUGCUCCACAGAUUCUAUCUGAAAGAGGUCUUUGCAAUGGGGGACCUGUAUAAGCCAACGUAAACCACAUUUAAUCUGAUGUUGACAAUCUGCGAGAAAGAAAUUCCUCCAGUCAUGGUUUAUGAUCUGAGGUAUUAUAGCUCUGUGUAGCAAAAGGAAAUAUGAAAAAGUAGAAACAUUGAUGUGUAUAAAUGACUCACAUCCAACAAGUUGGACAUGUAGUUUGUGUGCUGGUGGAUGUUUGACACAGCUUUCCUUCCUGUAGACUAGACAGAUGCUUGGUAAAGAAGACUACGGGAUGGCAAACAGCCACUCGAAAUAACAUAACAAUAGCAUGGGCUUUGGCCAGUGAAAAAUGAUGGUGUUUAGUUUAUGAAACACAACUCUACAGCUUUGGGUCUUCCAUACAGUAUCUCUGAUAUUGGCUCCUCCUUACCUAUACCUGUGUGUGUGUGUGUGUGUGUCUAGUCUGAUGGUGUGGAAGCUGAAACAGAAACAAGUGGUGACCCACAGCCGUUGACAUCAUCAACCAGCGACACAACCAGGAGUGACAGUGUCAUGGGAGGCCCUGACCCACCAGCUGCCUCCUCCUCCAGGCAGGAGAGCACAGAGGACCAGGGUCCCACUCAGAAGAAGGUGGUGAAGGUUAUUAGGAGGGUGGUGAGGAGGGUAGUGCCUGGGGUGGAUGAGCAGCCUCAGGCCCCCAGCACAGAGCUUCCUAAAGCUGCCCCUAUAGCCACAUCUGUACCCAAGACUGCUCCCCUCUCUGGCAAAAAGGAUGAGAAGGAUGACAUCUCCAUGGGUCUGGCCAGCCUGAUGGGCCGAGGGAGGACCAAGGAUCACCGGCCUCGCACGCGUACUCAAGACCGCAAGGAGGAUAAAGAGGAGGAGAAGGAACAGGAGUCAGAGAAGGAGGUAGAGAGCCAGGAGCCUCCAGCAGUAAAAGAAGAUGAGGCGCCGUCCACCUCCGUGUCCACUCCUACUCCCCCCAAAUUAAACCCCACCAUCCCUCCAACAGGGUUCAUACCCACACCCGCACCGAAAGCCAACCCCCUCGCCCCUCCUCCAGGCUUCAUCCCUGCACCCAAAACCAAAGCCAACCCCCUUGCCCCCCCUCCAGGUUUCAUCCCUGCCCCUGUGCCAAAAAACAACCUUUUUGCCCCUCCUCCAGGCUUCAUUCCUGCCCCAAGACAAAAUCCCCUUGCCCGGCCACCAGGUUUUAUCCCUGCCCCGAAAUCCGACCCUCUUGCCCCUCCUCCAGGGUUCGUCCCUGCCCCUCGCUCAUGGGCUGUGAAGAAACCAGAGGUACAGAGUGUGUGCCCUCAAAAUGCCUGCCUAAAGAGAGUAUUACAUAAUUCAAUGGUGCAUGUGGUUCUGAUGUGUGCACUGAACACCUAUUAACCCAUUCUGUGUGUGAAAUUACCACAAUUAAUAAUUAUGCCUAUGGAUUGGGAUCAUACACUAUAUAUAGAAAAGUAUGUGGAAACCCCUUCAAAUGAAUGGAUUCGGCUAUUUCAGCCACACCUGUUUGCUGACAGGAGUAUAAAAUCGAGCACACAGCCAUGCAAUCUCCAUAGACAAACAUUGUCUGCCCCUGUCAACUGUGAAGUGGAAACAUCUAGGAGCAACAAUGGCUCAGCCGCGAAGUGGUAGGCCACACAUGCUCACAGAACGGGGCCGCCGAGUGCUGAGGUGUGUGGCGCGUAAAAAACACCUAUCCUCAAUUGCAAUUCUCACUACCGAGUUCCAAACUGUCUCUGGGAGUAACUUCAGUACAAUAAUUGUUCGUCUGGAGCUUCAUGAAAUGAGCAGCAGCACACAAGCCUUCGAUCACCAUGCGCAAUGCCAAGCGUUGGCUAGAGUGGUGUAAAACUCGCCGCCAUUGGACUCUGGAGCAGUGGAAACGCGUCCUCUGGAGUGAUGAAUCACACUUUACCAUUUGGCAGCCAGACAGACGAGUCUGGGUUUGGUGGAUGCCAGGAGAACGCUACCUGCUCCAAUGCAUUGUGCCAACUGUAAAGUUUGGUGGAGGAAGAUUAAUGGUCCGGGGCUGUUUUUCAUGGUUCGGGUAAGGGUCUGGUCAUGGCUGGUCCACAGAGAGCCAGGCUGGUCUGAGGCACUGAGCCAUUACUCAUUUUCACCAGGCUCUGGGGAACUCUCUGGGAACACUAUCCAGACUUGCCUAACACUAGACCACGAAGGACAACUAAUGGCACCAUUAUUAAUGAAGAAUAACCAUUGUACCAAAAUGUUGGGAAGAUCCUUGUCCAAAAUAUGAGGAUUUUGUUUAAACUGGAAUGGGCUUGAGGAACGCUGUGUGUUUUAUAGGAUUUGAGCAUGAUGGGAUUGAGUGUGUUGUCCUUAUCAGGAGCAUGGUGUGUGGAAGACUUUAUGUUAGAGGUCAUUGACUCUCCUGUGUGUGUGUGUGUGUGUGUGUGUGUGUGUGUGUGUGUGUGUGUGUGUGUGUGUGUGUGUGUGUGUGUGUGUGUGUGUGUGUGUGUGUGUGUGUGUGUGUGUGUGUAUUGAUAUAUCAAGGUGAAG